AUGGUGCAUGCUACUACCGUUUUUGCUACUGCUGCUGCAGUAGCUGCCCCCGUUUUUGUCAGGUGUCACCGCUCCACGGUUGCGCCAGAGCUGGCUGCUCGCGCUGAGAAUGAGCGCGGGCAAGAUCUAGAGGAGGAUCGCAUUGAAGGUCACCGUGAGCAAUUCCAUGGUCAUCACCACUCCGAAGACUUCUACCACGGGGAGGAGCACUAUGGGUGCCUUGAGCACUUCCAACAUGAAGGGGACCACCAUCAUCACGACCACGGACUCACGCACCGUGAGGAUCAAGUACUCAGCGACCACAAGGGCUUUCACCACCAUCACAAAGAGGAAGAGGGAAGUCUCUGUUAUGAGGGUCGACGCACCACUACUCCUACAACGACAACGACAACGACAACGACAAGGAAGGCUACUGCCACCACGAAGGCAGGCACUACCACGAGGAGGAGAAGGCCACCACCGCCGUGA